AGUCGUCGCCAUCUGGGCUCGCGGCCUUUCCUUAUCGGUUCUUCUGUUACCCAUCCACUGAUGGCGCUUUCUCGUCCCCCGUCCUCGCCCGCGCCGGCGCCACACUCCCGACCAUGGCGGCACGCGCCCCGCUGCUGCCCUGCGCCGCCGCCCUGCUGCUGGCCCGCGCGGCGCUCGGGCUCGGCGUCUGGCAGGCCGACACGGCGGAGACCCCCCAGCCUUGGAGCGCCCGAGAGAGGCGGCGCCGGGCGGCGGGUCGCCGCCCCGGAACGCUCGCGAGGGGGCCCGGCUGAGCGCCGAGGAGACCUCAUGGCUGGCGCCAGGGAUGCAGACGAGGAUGACGACUUCGACACGUGGUACUUCAAGCACGCGGGAGAGGAUAUCCCACAGAGGAUCAGCGCAGGCGGCCCCGAGAAGCAUAAGCCCGACUCGAACCAGAAGUACUGGGUCGCCGAGGCGACGAGUCAGUGCAAGGCCCAGACCAGUCUCGAGAACGGGGUCAUCACGUACUUAGUGACCCGGCCAUCAGAUCUUGAGAGGCUGAAGUCGAGCGCGCCACAUUUGCGCAGCUACGUCCUCAAGCGUUGGGCGUACGACGUGAAGGUCUUCAUCCCGGACUACGCUCUGCGCAAGUACGACAGUUCUAGCUUCGGGAACUCGCCUACCUCGGCGGAAGUGAGUGCCGUAAUGCUUUCUGAACUCGGAAAGGAUUACAACUGGGAGGUCGUACCGUUCAACGUCGAGUUUCCAAAGGUGAUCGCCGACGACCACGAUUGGAAAAGCAAGAUGAAUGGCUGUGCAAAAGCCGUCAGCACCAGCUACAAGCACAUGAACCAGUUCUUCACUAAGGCGAUGUACGAGCUCCCUGCCCUGGACAAGUACAGGUACUACAUGAGAAUAGAUGCGGACUUCGAUUUCAACGCUGAUCUCCAGGCAGACCCGUUCUGCAUGAUGGCGAAGUCCAACCGGAAGUUCAUGUGGCAGACACGCAAGAGGAUCGGGAACUCGGAUUGCUCAGAUGGCCUGUUCGAGUGGUUCGACCAGUACCGGCAGACGCAGGGCCUGACCGCAAAGGAUCCCAUCUUCUUCCGCGAGCACGGCGCGAGGGUGAACUACGUGGGCUACGUAGGAAUGGGGGAUCUUGAUUUCUUCAGGUCCGAGAAGGUCCGCAAGCUGGCAGAGGCAUUCAACGCGGACGGGCGCAUCUACCUGAACCGGUGGUCGGAUCAGACGUACUACGUCCUCCUCUUCGCCCUCUUCGAGGAGCACAACGUCGUCGGCGACAUCGGCUUUGACUGGCCAGCUGACGCCUGGUGCCACAAGUGCGCGUACGACGAUGAUGGCCGGCGUGUGAAAGGGGAAGAGGACGAGUAGUUUUAGGGACCGACCGUGGCCGCCGCGGAGAAGGCAUAGCCGCGUCGCAGUGUUACUGUGGAUUGCGAGACGCUCAUGCCCAAUGGAGUGGUGCGAUCCUCUGACCCCGUACUGACGCAGCAUGCGCUGCAGGGUUCGGCGAUAGCCAGCCUUUAUACAGGGCCAAAUGGCCGACGCAGCGCCCUUGGACCCCUGCUGCAGCAGUCACGUUCGAUCCGCCUCUGGACGCAGCAGCUGCGGCCGCGUUCAACCUC